AUGGUUGAAGCCCCCCCACAAGUGCGGUGUUGGAGAGCCUGUGGCUCCCGCUUACCACUAGUUAGUGGAGGAUCGCAGAAGCCAGAAAGAUUGAGGAACUGGACCUACAAUCAACUUGCCAGAGUGAUGACUUGGUCGCAGGGCAGUUUCGAAUUUUACAUGUCUUCAACAUUUCGAUCAUCCAUGCCUCCGAACACUGAAGCCGCAGCGGCAAUGGUAUCGACCUACUUCAAGGGCUACAAUCAGGCGAAGGCUCAAAACCCCCCCGAUGAAUGGAGAGAGAUGACUUCCGUGAGGAGCCUGGGACCAUGUUGGGCACACACAAGAGAUGUUGAACGGGAACCCUGA